AUGGCUGCGCUGCCAAGGGCAAAGCGGCCGCGGAGGUCGGCCCACGAGCCUGACUUUGGCCAGGCCAUGGACCUCGGCUCCCAUCCUUCCUCAUCACUUUCAUCCCUGUCCUCGUCAUCGCACCGUAAUGGUAACGACGUCAACGGGUACGGACACACAAACGGCAGCAUCACAGGUGGGACAGCGGUCGGUUCGACGUCGGCAAACCCAAUGCUCCAACAUCACUCAACCCUGGUUCCGGGGCCAUCAAUCAACGGGGCUUCGUAUCGCAAUGGGGCAUCUGCAUCCAAGCAGAGUUCGGUUCGAGAGGUCAUUGCUGGCAAGGAGCGCGAGGUCUUCGUGGUAGAUAGCACUAGCCCGCCAAAUUCGACGAACCAGCAUCAGCAACAUGCAUGGAAUAACUCUGAUAGCGCAGCAGGGCUCGCGAAUCCAUACGCAACGGCCACCAGCUCAACUGUGCCGAAGGGAAAGAGAAAGGCAGGCGCUUCGCCAUUGGCAGCGAAGCCUGCUUCAGGGCAAACGCAGACGGCAUUGCAAAAGAGGCGGAGAUACGAUGCAGCAGAGAAGGCGGCCGUGGACAGAGAGAGGGGUCUUCAUCCUGCGCCAGCGGCAACGAACCACUACGUCGACCGAGAGGCUCUCAGUUAUGUCGCACCACCGCCGACCCACACCGUCGAUGACAAAGAGGGUCAUCUCAUUGUGCGCAGUCGAGACUAUGUUACUGGUCGAUAUCAAAUUAUCCGGCAGUUGGGUCAGGGAACGUUUGGCAAGGUGGUGGAGUGCUACGACAUCAAAACGCGAAAGAUGGUCGCCAUCAAGGUUAUCAGAGCCGUACAAAAGUACAGAGAUGCCAGCAAGAUCGAGAUUAGGGUCCUCGACACACUGCGACAGCAUGAUCCUCUCAACCAGAACAAAUGCAUCCACCUCCUCGAUACCUUUGACUUUCUCAACCACGUCUGCAUCGUCUCUGAGCUGCUGGGACAGAGCGUCUUUGAUUUUCUCAAGGACAACUCAUUUCUUCCAUUUCCAAGUCGUCACAUUUGGUCGUUCGCCAAGCAGCUUCUCCAGAGUGUCGCAUACAAGUCUGCCGUAGUCUUGCAUCGCCUGGGUCUCAUCCACACCGACCUUAAGCCUGAAAACAUCCUCCUGGUCAACCAUGACUACGACUUGGUUCCACUGACGCGCCGGGCGAAUUCCAAGCGCAAGCGGGUUCUCAAGGAAAGCGAGAUCCGACUCAUCGAUUUUGGUAGCGCCACCUUCCAGGACGAGUACCACAGCAUGGUCGUGUCGACGCGGCACUACCGAGCGCCGGAGAUCAUUCUUCAGAUGGGGUGGACGUUUCCCUGCGAUGCAUGGUCGAUUGGAUGCAUCCUUGUUGAAUUUUUCACAGGCGAGGCCCUCUUCCAGACACACGAUAAUCUCGAGCAUCUCGCCAUGAUGGAGGCAGUCUUAGGUGUCAUGCCCGACGAUUACAGGAGAAAGGCAGAGACCUACUUGCCGGCCUACUUCAAGCAUGGGCGGCUAGACUACCCCAACAAGGAUACGCAAAAACAGUCGAAGAAAUACGUCAAGGCGAUGAAAAGCCUAGAUGACAUCAUCAGAUGUCCACCGAGCUUUUCCAAGUUCGAGUCGAGGUUUAAGCACCUUAUCAAGCGUUUGCUGACAUUUGACCCGGAACAAAGAAUACGUGUGGAUCAGGCGCUGCAUCACCCAUUCUUUGAGCUCACCGAGGACGAAAUCCCGCCGUGAUGUCAAGUGGCACCAGCAUUUGGAGACAGGAAGAGAACGCAUUCGUCUAUCGUCAUCAUCGGCAUCCUCAUCCUCGGUUUUGGAAACAUGUAGCAUUAUAUUCCCCUUCAUCGCACCACGCCAUGACCAUCCCCUUACUUAUUCUAGAGUCUUUUGUCCCUUCCUCCUCUUGUCAUUAUCACCCUCCGAACGCCUUACACACUACCCGCACAAUACAUGUAUGUACAGUGCUCUUCUGUCCCGCUUCAUUCCUUCGCCAAAUCCACAUUUCCUCUGGUGAUUCGUCGCCCUCAGCAACUUCA